CCGGCCCACGCGCGGCACCUUCCACGUGGGAUUCCCCGCCCCGGCCUGGCCCGGCCCGCCGCGCCUCCGCUGGCCGCCCCGCCGCUCCCCAGGGCGCACGGGGCCGAGGCGGGGGCGGCGGUGAGGGCUCCCGGGGCGGCGGCGGCUGCGGCCCCGCGGCCGCCGCCUCCUCCUCCAUGCCGCCUGUUCUUUGUUACAGCGGCCGCGGCGCGCGGAGGGAGGGCGGUAGGGAGGGGGGCGAGGCGGGUCCGAGGCAAAACCCGGCGGAGCCGCUCCCGGAUCCCGGGCCAGGCCCUGCCGCUCGCCGGGCUCCUGGCGGCUGCCGCGCGGUCCCGCCGCUCAGCUCCCUCCGGCUGUGCCCGCGGCGGGCGCGGGGCCGCGCCCGGGCCUCACACACCCCCACGCGCACACUCGCAGGCGGGCCCCACGGCGCUGGGAGGCUCCGGCGGGCUUGGGCAGCCCCCGUGGCGGCUGCGAGACGAGCCGCUGGGGUUGUGUCACGGCGAGGGCGGGGGGUGCCCGGUAAAGCCGUUGGUCUAGGGAGGGCGCGUGGCCUGUGAGGGAAACGGCCGCGUUGGGACUCGCGCCCCGUUUCCCUCCCAGGCCCCGUGGCGGCGGUUGCCGAGGCGCUGGCUGUGGGAGCUCGGGGUGCCCCGGCGGGGCGCGGAUCCGCCUCGGGGAGGGCUAGGGGGGCGCGAUGCAGAGGUGGGAGGGUGCUGGGAGAAGGGAGCGGGUCGAUCACCGAGGAUGGGAACCGGCGUUUCGGGAAGAAGAUGUGGUGUGCUGGGUACAAGACUGAAGGAAGAGAAGCCCCAGUCUGCUUUGCUUCAUACACACAGAUUUUUUUCUGCAAUACGCUCGUUUUCUGCUCACAUUUGUUAAACUUGGCGUGUGUGUAAGUUCACCCUAGGCUGGGUGAACGUGGUGGCAGCAAGUGUUGGAAAGGGCAGGUGGCAUGAAUUCAACACCCACUCUGCCCCCCCUAACUAUACAGAAGUUGUUCCCCUUCUUUAUGAUAACUGACAGAGUGGUCAUAAUUUCUUAGAAAUACAAGGCCUCGCUGUAGUUUACAAGGUAUUGUGACAGAUAGUUUCCAACGACUUUGAGCAGUAGUGUGAACAAAUUAGACUUACACCAUGAAGAAAUAACAAAGGGUAGUUUUAAGUGCAUUCUGCUAGCACACAUGUAUUUCCAGUACCCAUCCACUUGUGUUUUCAAGUUACUUAUUCACAUUAGUAGAACCCCACUGUAGGAUUUUUAUGGAAAACUGAAGAAAGGGAAACUUCAAUUUUACUUUGGUUAUUAAAUUCAAGUACAGCUUGGGUUUAUCUCUUUCAUUAUUCUUUCCUAUUUUUUUUAAUCAGUUUGCAAGAUCAAACACAACUUGCCACAGGAGCCUAUAUUUUUUUUGUCAGCAGUUUAUAAGAGGAAAGUAUGCAUUUAUAUCAGGUCUUACAUUUUUUGAUAGCUUAUGGCUUGAGCGAUUCCCUGACAGUCAUGCUGCAUGUCAUGCUCUGCAAGCAAAUACCUGUGAAGCUGCAGCCCCUCAGUGUCUGCAUUUGGGUUCCCUCGAGUUUGAAAAGUAUUAGGAGGCCUGUGUUGCCACUGGAGUUUGUGUGCUUAGUUGUGGGCUCUACUCUCAGGUACAAAAAUCAUUCAGUUAACUAUACGAGCAGAAAUUUCUGGUUUUCUUCUCUUCUUCUGCAGUCAGAAUUAGGCUCUGUGCUUGUGAUCUAAUUUCUUCUGUGUAGGUUUUUGCCUGAUCGUUCACUGCUUAGAUCUUUCUGGCGACUAGUGACAGAACCCAAGGGAAUGUCAGGAAGAUGUGCCAGGGGAGGUUCAGGUUGGACAUGAGGAAAAGGUUCUUCCCCCAGAGGGUGCUGGAGCACUGGAACAGGCUCCCCAGGGCGGUGUCACGGCCCCAAGCCUGACAGUGUUCAAGAAGAGACUGGACAACACCCUCAGACACAUGGUGUGAACUGUGGGGUUGUCAUAUGCAGGGAUAGGAGAUGGACUCGAUGAUCCUUGUGGAUCCCUUCCAACUCAGAACAUUCUAUGAUUGAUCUCUGUUUUAUAUAAAAAUAUCUGGAAUUCCCAGAAGCUUUGAAGAUCUUUGCAAGAUAAGGACCUAAGUGUGUGUGGUAGGAAUAUCUGUCUCAUACAAAUGCUUGAGGAAAAAAGAAAAAGAGAAAAAUCAGACAUGGCCCAGAACAACAGCAGAUGAGGGCAAAAAACUCUGAAGUCUGUCUUCAGUCCCAUCAUGUCAGCUGGCAUGGCCCUUCUCACUUCUUGACUCUGUUUACCAGCUGGAGUGGGUGGUAUAAUGUCAUUUAUUUGAAAAAUUAUUGGGAAAUACAGUUGAGAUUUGUGCAGAGUUUUGAAGUCUAAGGGUGAGAAGAGUUACAUGUCUGCAAAUCAGAAUUGUUAAACCCAUUUUGGUGCAGUUCUUCCUUUCCUAGGCUUUCUGUAAAGUAGGAAGGGGGAAAAAAUACUACGCAGGAAGUUGUAACAAGGUGCAAAUAUUAAUGCAAGGUCGUCCUCUUUUUGGCACCUGUAUGUUAAGGUGUGAGCGUAUUUGAUACAUAAUAUGCUACUCAUUCCUGUUUAUUUUUGAGCAUAGCAGGUUAUUCUGCUCAGCAUAGGAAAGAUGGAUGAAGAAUGAGGAGGUUUGUGGGAAAUGAAAGUACUUGCUACAAAAAUGAGAGUUACACUAAUACAGAUAAUAAAUGAGAUGCAGUGUCCUUAUCAACUAUGUGAGGUGGGUUUGAGGGACCUUCCCAGUUUCUCCUGCCACCUUGAACAUUUAUGCCACUAUGGUUUCUCCGCCCCUUUGUUGCUAUUCUCAUCUGACGGCCCCUAGAACAAGACUGAUGCGGCUGCUUCUGUAAUGCCUCAUGUCAUCGGUCUGCUGUCUGUGCAGAAUGUGACACAGGAAGGUCGUAGAAGGCGAAUGCCUUUGAGGAGUAGGUCACACAGCGGUAUAGCUGGUCUUACUGCGCUGUGUCCUUCACGUAUUGGAACAUGCAGGUGUUGACCAAGAAGAGUAUUUGUUAAUUUCACCAUAUUUAGGAUUAAAGUCUUGUCAGGACACAAACUAUCUAAAAAUAACUGGACGUAGACCUCUUGGAAUAGCACAGAACAUCCACAAAAAGCAAAACCAUUUUUGACAUCAACCUAUGAUGCACUUUCUCUGGCUUGUUUUACAUGGUUAUACUCUUGGUUUGCCCUGAAUACCUGUUGUAUUGUUUACAGUGUUUUCAGGACAUUACCCAAACUCGUGCUCAGCAUUGGGCCUUUGUGUAAACAUUUAACUGUUUUGUUACAUAAGUUUAGUUCCCAAAAGCCAUAGCAGAGGAAGGCCCAGCUUGUGCCACAGAUGGGCAGUGCUGGCCCCUCGCUGGGGCAGCGGGUGUUAGGAGGGAUCGUGCUGUUGACACUCAGUGGAGUCAGGGAGGGCAGUGCUUGGGACAGGCUGUGGAGGAAUGCCAGGGUGCCCAGAUUCGGUGACCAAAAUCCUCCUGAAGUUGUUGCCCAGAUAACUGAGCAGCAGGAUCUCUCCUGCCGUGACCAAGAGCCCCAGCAACCAGGUGUACUUUUUUAUUCCCAUCAGUUGGAUGUGCUGGUUUUCCAUGCAGCACAUAUCUGUGUGGGGAUAGACUGUCCUUUGCUAAUUGGGAGUAGGCUAUGGAUUGGUGAAGAAACCUGUUGGCUGCUUCUAGUGGAAGCUUGGGGUGGAGCGGAGCAUGGGUGCAGCUGGCAGCUGCGCAUCAGACAUUGCUCCUUGGCACACAGGUGCUAUAGUGAUGUUAGGAGCAGACCUGGCACAAGUACAGAGUCCUUCCUGAGCCAGUGAUAAGGGUUGUGUGGGACAGGAGCUUCACUUGUGCUGAGAGGUCGGUAGAGCCUGUACCUGCACAGUAGCAGCUGCUGCUCUGGGCUCCAGCCUGAGACGUAUUUCCACUGCCCAGCCAGGCAGAGCUUGUGAAGCAUCGGUGUUCAGAGUAAACUCAUAAGAGGUUUAAAAAAUGGCUGAAGACAGCAGUGAUGAGCUUGUGUUUAUUUGGUGCGAGGACUGUGGGCAGUACCAUGACUCAGAGUGUCCUGAGCUGGGCCCAGUGGUGACAGUCAAAGAUUCCUUCGUAUUGAGCAGGGCAAGAUCAUCUCUGCCUUCUAAUUUGGAGAUAAGGCAACUGGAAGAUGGGACUGAAGGAGUGUUUGCUCUGACGCAGCUAGUGAAACGUACCCAGUUUGGCCCGUUUGAAUCCAGGAGAGUUGCAAAGCUGGAAAAAGAAUCAUUUUUUCCCCUGAAGGUGUUCCAGAAAGAUGGGCCUGUGGUGUAUUUUGACACCUCAAAUGAAGAUGAUUGCAACUGGAUGAUGAUGGUGCGACCAGCCACUGAAUAUGAGCAUCAAAACUUAACUGCCUUCCAGCAGGACAAUGAUAUUUACUUCACCACCUCCCGGGACAUCCCACCAGGAACUGAGCUGCGAGUGUGGUAUGCAGCUUUUUACGCCAAAAAAAUGGAAAAGCCAAUGCUGAAGCAGGUCACUAGUGUUGCCAAUGAUGUGUGCUUGGUAGUAAUGGAAUCUGAUAAAGAGGGGAACAAAAUCUCUUCAAAACCCUCGUCUGCUGUCUUCCCCCAUAAAAAAAUGAAGAAAUCCAACAUACCAGCAGCUGAUCCAGCAAUGAACACUCCAGAAGGCAGUGGAGCCACAGAAGCAGAGUCCAGCCAGUGGACAUGUAAAGUAUGUUCAUCUGCUUUCCCGGAGCCUCAGCUGCUGACAGAGCAUUUGCUGAGUCACCUGGAGCAAGCUAAGGGUGCCCCCCAAACCAGCCAAAAUGAGGCUGUUGCAGAGAAAGCAGCGGAGGUUCUCCCUGUGGAUCAGCCAGUGAUUUGUGACGCAGCUAGUGCUGGUACAGACUCAAGGAGGAAGGCCAGGCGGGGAAGAAAGCCCAAAACAACUAAAGUAGAAACACCUGUUGUCAUUAUUGAAGAGAAAGAUUCUGAAGCGGAAAAUGUAGCUGAAAUUGUAACUGAGGUUCCACCAGAAGAGACAGCCCUGCCCUCAGAUGCAGAAGAGAGGAUUAUGGACCUGGUUUUAGGAAAGAUGCCUAGCACCACAAAUAGCAUCAGUUCAGUGACAAAGUUUGCUCAUCAAGCCGCCAUGUCCAUCAAAAGAAGUAUAAUUCUCUCCGGUAGACAUGGUAUACGGCGCAAGCUUAUAAAACAACUUGGGGAGCACAAGCGAGUCUAUCAAUGCAGUAUCUGCAGUAAGAUUUUCCAGAACAGCAGCAACCUCAGCAGGCACAUCCGUUCUCAUGGUGACAAACUAUUUAAAUGUGAGGAAUGUGCAAAGCUGUUCAGCCGUAAAGAGAGCUUGAAGCAGCACGUUUCAUACAAGCACAGCAGGAAUGAAGUUGACAGUGAGUACAGAUACAAGUGCACCACGUGUGAAAAGGCCUUCCGGAUAGAGAGUGCGUUGGAAUUCCACAACUGCAGGACAGAUGACAAGACAUUCCAGUGUGAGAUGUGUUUCAGAUUCUUUUCUACAAACAGUAAUCUGUCAAAACACAAGAAAAAGCAUGGGGAUAAGAAGUUUGCAUGUGAAAUCUGCAAUAAGAUGUUCUACCGGAAGGAUGUCAUGCUAGACCAUCAAAGACGACACUUGGAAGGGGUGAGACGUGUGAAAAGAGAAGACUUUGAGCACAGCACAGAAAACAUGGUUCGCUACAAGAAGGAGCCUUCGGGAUGCCCCGUGUGCGGGAAGGUGUUUUCAUGUAGGAGCAAUAUGAACAAACACCUUCUAACACAUGGAGACAAGAAAUAUACCUGUGAAAUCUGUGGACGGAAAUUUUUCAGGGUGGAUGUGUUGAGAGAUCAUAUUCAUGUCCAUUUUAAGGACAUAGCACUGAUGGAUGAUCACCAGAGGGAAGAGUUCAUUGGUAAAAUUGGAAUCUCAUCAGAGGAAAACGAUGACAACUCCGAUGAAAGUGCAGAUUCUGAACCUCACAAGUAUAGCUGCAAAAGGUGCCAGUUGACUUUUGGCAGAGGGAAGGAGUACCUGAAGCAUAUCAUGGACGUGCACAAGGAGAAAGGCUAUGGCUGUAGCAUUUGUAAUCGACGUUUUGCCUUGAAGGCUACUUAUCAUGCCCACAUGGUCAUUCAUCGGGAGAACCUGCCCGAUCCUAAUGUGCAAAAAUACAUCCAUCCAUGUGAAAUCUGUGGAAGGAUUUUUAACAGUAUAGGAAAUCUGGAAAGACAUAAGCUUAUACAUACAGGUGUAAAAAGUCAUGCUUGUGAGCAAUGUGGCAAAUCAUUUGCUAGAAAAGACAUGUUAAAAGAACAUAUGCGAGUCCAUGAUAAUAUCCGAGAAUACUUGUGUGCAGAAUGUGGCAAAGGAAUGAAGACAAAACAUGCACUUCGUCACCACAUGAAACUUCACAAAGGGAUUAAAGAAUAUGAAUGCAAGGAAUGUCACCGAAAAUUUGCACAGAAAGUGAACAUGCUGAAGCAUUACAAAAGACACACGGGAAUCAAAGAUUUCAUGUGUGAGCUCUGUGGCAAGACAUUUAGUGAGAGAAAUACAAUGGAAACUCAUAAGCUGAUUCAUACAGUAGGAAAACAGUGGACUUGCUCGGUCUGUGAUAAGAAGUAUGUCACGGAUUACAUGCUACAGAAGCACAUCCAGCUCACUCAUGAUAAGGUGGAAGCCCAGAGCUGUCAGCUGUGUGGGACAAAGGUUUCUACCAGAGCAUCCAUGAGUCGACACAUGAGGCGUAAACACCCAGAGAUUGUUUCAGUGAGGAUUGGUGAUUUAGAGCAGCUGCCAGAGACAACUACCAUUGAUGCCUCCUCAAUUGGGAUUGUUCAGCCGGAAUUAGCCUUGGAACAGGGAGAAUUGCCAGAAGGGAAGCAGCAUAUCAAAACUCCUAAACGCGGCCAGAAACGAAAACAAAAGUUAAGUGAGGAGGAGGAAGCUCAAGUGCCUGAGGACCCUGCCUUCAGUGAAUACACAGAGAAGGGAAGUGAAUUCACAGGGAAUGUUGGAGAUGAGACUAAUUCAGCUGUUCAGAGCAUCCAGCAGGUGGUGGUGACCCUUGGUGACCCAAAUGUCACCGCCCCUUCCAGUUCUGUCGGGCUGACAAAUAUCACUGUUACCCCCAUUACGACGCCAGCUGGAACCCAAUUCACAAACCUCCAGCCCAUGGCUGUGGGCCACCUGACUGCACCUGAUCGCCAGUUACAGCUGGACAACUCAAUUCUCACUGUGACGUUUGACACCGUCAGUGGUUCAGCCAUGCUGCACAACCGCCAAAAUGACAUUCACAUCCAGCCGCCGCCAGAGGCAGCCAAUCCUCAGUCUGUGGCCCAUUUUAUAAACCUGACCACCUUGGUGAACUCCAUUGCUCCUCUAGGAAACCAGAUAACGGAACAGCAUCCUCUGACAUGGAGGUCAGUGCCUCAGACUGAUGUCUUGCAGCCCCAGGCACAGCCAACGCAACAGCAGUCAGGACAGCAACAGGUUCAAACAGAGCAACAACAACAGAUGUACAGCUACUAAUUUAUACUUGGAAAAGUUUUGAAAUGGAGAGUACGUAGAGACAAAAACACAGAGAUGUCUGGAAAAUUUCUAAUAACAUUGUUUGCUGGAUACCAAACAGAGAUAGGAACAUGUUUAUACAAUUAAAUGUAAGCUAAAAUUGGCAUAGCACCCUGCAACACACUAACCUUGGGAUUCUUUCACUGUCUCUAGACCUUACACUGUCUUAAAAAAAAAAAAAAAAAAAAAAGAGAGAGAAAGAAAAAGGAAGAGGGAAAAAAAAAAUCUUGCCAUAAAUCUAGUACCCUCUUCCACUGUGUAUUUUGUGCAGUAAGAUUGAGAACUGACAGGAGCAUCAUAAUACAUCAUAACCAAAGCAGGGAAAUCCUAAAUAUGAUGGCACUGGUGAUUUAUGAAACCCCUUCAGCCGUACCAUGUCAUUUCUUUCCAUGGAAAUUACAUAUGAAGACCUUGUUCCCAGUGAGGUAGAGUGUACUGGUAGUCAGCUGGUAGAGACUGAAAUGUAAAGACACAAACUAGCAAAACAAUAAUUGUCAUGGUUUUUAUCUUCUUUAGGUCUUGUAUUUAACAACGUUGGUAAAGUAGGUGGAGGUUGGGGAUUUGGGGUGGGGAUGAGUGUGGUGUGGAAGAAAUACUGAUUUCAUGAAUUAUUUCCAUUCUAGUCAUGGGAAAAACUAUGUACCCAUAACACAGUGUUCGUGCUACUUGAGUCAGAAAGCCGGUUUAAUGCUAAAGCAACUUUUAUGGUCUUCUAGUCAAGUUUGGAUCAAACCAGUUAUGAACUGAAAAAAAGAAUGUGAUACGGUUUUAUGUAAUUUUUCAAAACUGCUCUUUCAAUCUUGCUUUUAACUAAUAGGUCUGAAGAGCAAUCAGUCCCCUUUGAUCAAGUUCAGGAUGUGAAUUUUUUUCAAUUAGUUUCUUUCAUCGUGUAAUAAAUAUUUGAGAAAGCAUUCUUUUUAUAUAUAUACACACACACACAUAUAUAUAUAUAUAUAGCCCUUGUACUUUACUGUGUAUUCCUGGUGAAUAUUUGUGUGGAAAACACUGUUACCAAUAUGAUACAUUAAUUUUUACAUCCUCAUGUUGCCCUUUCUCACAGAAAUAAUGUAUGGGUUCUCUUCCAAAACUAUAUCUAAAUUUAUAGCCACACACGAGACAGUGUGAAACAUAAGAAAAAAGAAUGUCUGAAGCAUAUGCUGCCACAUGGAGGCAGUAUGCCCUAGUGUAUAAUAGGCAAGGUUUGUGUGACUGUUGGGGAUAUAAAUAGUGGGUUGGGUCAAAUACAUAAUUGCUGAUACUACACUUUCAGUCCAUUCUCCAUCCAUUGAUGUGCAUUCUGGACUUUUGCAUGUCAAAAACAUAGUAUCUGUCCCACCGAGAAAAAGCAGCUGAUAUCAAAAAGGAAUGAACAAAAAAAGUUGCUGCAUGUAAUCCUGGAAGGCAAAUCUGUCCUUCCAGCUAUGGCUGAAGAACAAGGUCCUUUGGGUCAGCAGACUGAGCCACAGAACCGUGCUAAAGGUUUUUGCUGAGGAUAAAGCAGCUGCUGUGUCUGACAGUGAAGAUAGAUUGAUGGUUGUAAAAAUCCUGUCUGUGCCUAUCGUAUUUAUGAAAAUGUUUGAUGUAUUAGCAAAAAUAUGAAUAGGAAUGACUUCAGCUUUGAAAGUCUGUAUUAACAUGGACUACAUAACCCCUAAAGGAUGCCUUAUAAUCUCUACAACAAAAUCUUCCAAAGUAUAAAUGUCUGAAUAUUAAAGUUAACCUCCAGUGGUUUUCUUGGUGCUGUAGCAGUGUCCUGAGACUCACUGUGCUAGUUUUGUGUAAACCUUAGUUGCAACAGGACAUGAAUGAGAAAGAGGUUUCUGGUGACAGAUAUUAUGCAUCAGAGGAGCAGAACUACUUUUCAGUAAAUGUCAAACAAGCCUAUAAAAUGUCUGCAUGGGAAGGACCUGUAUUUGAUGGGACGAGGAUGCAUAUCAGAAAGAGAAAAUAUCUUUUACUGGUGUGGGAAAGAGAGUUUUUCGUUCCCAAGCUCCUUCUGUCUUCCUUUUCACACAAUACCAUGAGAUUCUGUAAUUUUAUUAGCCUCCCAAUAUCCUGAGAAGUACAAUUUUAUGCUCCUCUAUCACCUGGAUUAUUUCACUAUUCUCUUGUGCCAGUGAAGUUUCUCCUCAGCUUUUCUGUCCACAAAUGCUUCCCUUUCACACCCACUGACCAAGAAAAAUCUAGGUUUUACUUAUGAAAUAAGUUGUUUAUGUACUUGAAACUUAUGGUCUUUUCUUCCCGUAUUUGGUGCCUAAUUGGUAAAGGCAUGUUAUAUUUUGGCAGGGUACUUCAGAGGUGGGGGGAGGAAAAAACAACAAAAAAAAACGAAGGAAAGCAAGUGCAGAGGUCCUAGGUUAAGUUGUUAUGAUAAAUAAUAGAUGGCUAAUAUCUAAAAAAAUACAUAUAUAUAUAUAUGCGCAUGGAGGGUUAAAGUGCUGCAUAUGGAGCUUUUAGAAUGUCAGGGUUUUGUUUAGACAUACAUAAAUGGUGAUUAAGCUUUUAAAUGGGGAAUGAGGUUUUUUGCCUUAGCUGCAGAGUGAGUACAUCUGCUCUACAUUAAUACUAGUGAUAGUAGCAUUCACAAUGCAUUGAAUCAACCUGAGUCAUUGUAACAUGUAAUUGCCUAUUGGAUAAGAAUUGCACAUAGAGGUAAUCAGCCAUUACAGAGACCUCUCUGACUUUACAAAACCUCUUUGUCCUAAUGUGAUCCUCUGGUAUUCUGUACUCCGGCGCUGCUGAGCACCCCUCCCACACUAACUGGCCCACGUAAUCCCAUCCAGGCAAGUUAGCAUCUUAGUUUUCUAUUCAUGAGUAAUUCUAGCUGAUUUAAAAAGGAAUGAUCACACAACAAAUGUUUGCACGUUGGUGGUCACAUAUCUCAGUCUCUCAGUAUCCCCCAAAUCACAGAACAGCCCAGGUUGGAAGGGACCUUGAAAGAUCAUCUGGUCCAGCCCUUUUCUGGAAGGGUAGCCUAGAUGAAAUUAUCAAGCAACCUGUACAAUUGCAUCUUUAAAACCUCCAGUGACAGGGGUGCUACCAUAUCCCAGUGGAUGAUUGUUCUUACUGUAAAAAUUAGGUUAAAUAAUAUUCUGCUUCAGGAGGGAAAAAUGUAACCACUGGAAGGGCUUUGACUAGGCCAGGCAGUAGGAAGUUGUCUAAGAGCAAACCUGCCUAGAGCACUCCUUUUAGAAAUGAUCCUGACUGUCCCUGCAACCAUCGCUAUGCUAUCUCAUAAUCUCUCUGUGUGACUUUGUUAUUACUACUGUUCUUAACAUCCCUAUGAGAACACAACUGUAUCUUGGGUGUGCUGCAACAUGAAACAUUUCAAAACAAAUGAUUUUGUUUCAAACAAAUGAUUUUGUUUGGAGACAUUGGACAUUGAUGUCUUUUCAGACAGAGCUUACCUUGGACAAAUAGUGACUGCCAGCUGCUCUCCCAAUUAAGCCUUUUUUAGAUGGAUACCAAAGUUAUACUGAUGCUGUUUCAAACUGCACAAGAAAUAAAACUACAUAAGGGAUGUGCAAUCUAAAUUUCCUUUGCCAAUUUGUUACGAGCCUUUUAAGCUGUAGGAUGUGAAGGUUAUUAUUUUCAGCCGUGUGGUAGAGAUUUUGCAUAACAACUGUUCAGUAACAAACUGGAAUGACUUUGAGCCAAAGGAGUGAUGUUGUGUAGUGUUCUGUGUAUUGUCAUUGUUUAUUGCUAAGACUAUUAUUUAAUUGAAUGCUGUCUAUGGCACACGGGCUCUGAAGUAAAAGAGCAUCAAGGUACAGAACCCUUUCUCUACCCGUGUUAUUAUUUUCUGUUCCUUAAUUAAUGCAUCAAACAUUUUUUUCUUCAGAUCACAUAGACUUGCUUCAAAGUAAGCUUAAUCGUUAUCUCACAGAACUUUGUACAUCCUGCAAUAUAUAUAAACAUGGAGUAGCAUUCUAAAAUACUUAUUCUAUAGCUUGUUACUGGGUAAUAACAGAAAGCAGAGGAGAUUGAAUCUUUCUUGGCUUAUGGUCUGUGGUGAGUUCUCUCAGGAAAACCUACUGUAUCAAGUGCUAUUACACUCUCUAAAAUUAAAAUAUUCUUUUUAGAUGUGUCGGUAUAAAAA